UAGCAUCUGUAGAUGUAUUUUGUAGAUCCACAACUCGUUAUUUUAAAAAUGUCGUCUAUAGACGUUGUGUCACAUUACAUCACUAAAAAUUAGACCUAUAGAGGGUCUGUCGUUAACGUGUUAAUAAAAAAAUUGUAGUGGCGGAAUUUUGUACCAGUGAGUGUAUCUAUAAAUACUCUUCAAUUGUAGUUUAUCUAUUUUUAAAUUUUAUUGAGAUAAAAGUGGAAAAUAGGUAUAAAAGAGCAUUUCUUUAUACAUUUUGCGUCUUUUUAUUUACACAGUUAAACUAUGGCUCAUCUAAAAUUGUUGGUUUUUUGUGCUAUUAUUUAUUUUGCCAAAACAGGAGUUACUUCACCAGCAGAUGGAUCUACUAAUGAUGAUUUAAUAGUUACAUUAUCUACAGGAAGUAAAGUACGAGGGCAUGUACUUCAAAGUUUUGAAGGGAGUGACUUCCAUGCUUUUGAGAAUAUACCAUAUGCAGAACCUCCCACUGGCAAGAGAAGGUUUCAGCCACCCAUACCAAAAACACCAUGGGAAGGAAUAUUUAAUGCAACUUCUACCAAUAAAGUUUGUCCUCAGUAUGGUUAUGAUACUGCUGAAGAGGACUGUCUUGUUGUAAAUGUGUAUAGGCCAGUGAAAUCUAAUCAUCAAGAGUUAUUACCUGUAUUUUUCUGGAUAUACGGAGGAGGUUUCACUAAUGGACUUGGUAGUCUCUAUGAUCCCAAAUUUUUUAUUGAUUAUGAUAUUGUUAUUGUAACAUUUAACUAUAGGGUAGGAGCUUUAGGUUUCUUAACCACAAUCGAUGAUAAUAUUCCUGGAAACUUGGGUCUUAAGGAUCAACUUCUUGCUCUUCAAUGGGUACACGACAACAUUAAUGUCUUUGGGGGCGAUCCCAAACAAGUUACAGUAGGAGGUGAAAGUGCUGGAAGUAUGUCUGCUGGAUUCCAUUUGCUCAGCAAAUUAGCCCGUGGUUUAUAUAGUGGAAUAAUCCAACAAAGUGGUUCACCAUUAUAUUCAGGCUUCUAUCCAUCAAAUAAUCGAGAAAAGGCAUUUGAGUUUGGAAGACAGUUAAAUAGUUCGUUCACUUCUAGUAAAUCGAGUGAUUUAUUAACACUAUUACAAGAAGUACCGCUCUCAGAAAUAAUGAAGCAUCAAUCAACGCAACCUAUGUCAUGGGCUCCAGUCAUGGAGGAAAAACUCAACGAUAAUGCUUUUGUUAGUGGACCCAUGUACAGCAGCGUUCUCAACGGGGAAUUCAAUUUUGUUCCAAUCCUUAUUGGUAUUAAUUCUGAAGAAUAUUUGUUGUUUGCUGAUAUUAACAGUGAUGACUUUAAACAAAAAGCAAAAUAUUUAGAUGAUAAUCCAAAGGAAAUUGUACCUGCAUCUAUCAAUAUGGCUGAAGAAGUUAGAGAAUAUGCUGGCACAGCAUUAAAGAGUCUUUAUACUAACUCAUCAUUCUCGGAAGACGUUCUUGGAUUUAUAAAAUACUUCAGUGAUGAAGUUUUUGGACGACCUUCAACACGUCAAGCAGAAGCUGCAUCUCGAUAUGUUCCUGUGUAUAUGUAUGAAUUAUCUUGGUAUAACAAAAGUAACCUCCUUCCAGGUGUUGAACAUUCAGCAGAUUUGUAUUAUAUGUGGAAUGUAACUUUCGACCAAACAGCAACAUACAAUGAUGCCCUUCGCAAACCUAUACUUAAGUGGUGGACAAAUUUCAUUAAGUAUCAAAACCCUACUCCUAUAGAGGAUAAAGAUCUACAAAAUGUUAUAUGGCCAAAAGUUGAACCGGGGUCUGUGAAAUAUUUGGAUAUUGAUUCUACAUUUGAAGUCAAAGAAAACCCUCGAAAAUAUUAUGAAAUUGGAUCUAUUAUCGAUCCGUUCAUAAGAGAACCUUUUAUCACUUAUUAAAAUAAUAUCACUGUAAAAUGUAUAUCACUUAUUGAAAUAAUAUGUAAUGUAAUGAGUCUAUUAAUUGUAAUGGAUAGUAUGUAAUAUAGCGAAAUGAUGAAUAAAAUAAAUAAAUUCA